AUGCAGAAUAGUUUGGGUGGUUUGAUCACCACUUAUGAUUGUAAUAGUUGGUGCAAAAGAGUCGAAAUAGAGAUGAGAGGUAAUGCGGUCAUUGCGGCGCAGUUGUGCGUAACUGCGACUUUUUUGUCGCAACUGCGCGCAGUUGCGUCGCAAUCUGAUCGCAAUAGCAAACAUGGGCAAACAUUAUUUGAAUUACUUUAUUAUUGGGCUCGAGAAGACGACUUUAUGAAGAAAUUAGAGCACGAAUUAGAAAUAAGAUCAGAUCAUACUGUUAUUGAUUGGCGUAAUUUUUGUCGGGACGUAUGUGCUACUUAUUAUAUCAAUAAUCCACAACAAGUUGGAGGUGUAGGCCAUAUUGUUCAGAUUGACGAAAGCUGUUUCGGAAAACGAAAAUAUAAUCGUGGACGUGUUAUGGAAUACCAGCGAUGGGUCUUCGGAGGAAUUGAUACAACAACAAACAAAUGUUUUAUGGUUCUUGUUGAACAGCGAGAUCGAGCAACUUUGAUUCCUAUAAUAGAACAAUUUAUUUUACCAGGUUCGAUAAUCCAUUCAGAUGGAUGGAAAGCAUACAAUUCACUCAGAAAUUAUUCCAACUAUACUUAUGCUUCGGUUAAUCAUUCUAAAUUUUUUAUCGAUCCAGUUACUGGCGUGCAUACUCAGAGUAUCGAGAAUACUUGGAUGAGGGUGAAACGUAAACAAAAGAAACAAGGUAGAAUGUGUAGAUCGUUACUUCCUACUUAUCGUGAAGAAUUUGUAUGGCGUGAAGAUUUUGGUGAUAAACCGUUAAAAAAUAUUAUAUUACAAAUCAGAUCUAUUUAUCCUGUACAAUGA